AUUCUCGAACUUACUUCGACCAUCCGACAGUUGCUAUCCUGGGAUGCUAAGACGAUAGCUUGAGGACUAAGGAACAACAUAAUCAUACCUUAGGGACCACACUCAUUUCGGUGAGAAAGAAAUAACAUAACGCACUGGGAUGUCGGCGUACGGAGCCAUCAACACGGGACGAAAGUCCAAAGAUCCGUUACCCUCUACGAUAUGGCACACCAAAACGAAGGGUUCACAAGCAGUUGUGCCUCAGUCAAGUUACUUGACAAUUCACCACGUUACCCUCGCGUCAGCUCAGAACCUUCCAGGUUUAGUGUUCUAUCUGCACGAGUCCUUCGCAGAAGAACUUGAACGAGGGCGCACAUACCCACAGGAAAUUUUGCAAGGCGAACUCUACGCUCAAAACGCGUUUGAAGCCUAUUUCUUCGCUGCGGACGUCCUGGUUGCCGUUAUAGGACAAGAUGUUACGGUUCCCGAGGGGAAGACAGACGGAAGCACGAUAAUUAAGACCAUUGAGGAAGCGAGGGGCGGACGCGCCUGGAAAGACUGUAUAGCAGGAGCUUACUAUGUGAAACCAAACUACCCCGGCCGUUCAUCUCAUAUCUGCAACGCAGGCUUCCUCGUUCCAGCCUCACAGCGUAGUCGCGGAUUCGGAGCCGUCCUGGCACGUUCUUACCUGUACUAUGGUCCCCGUUUAGGAUUCGAAGCGAGUGUGUUCAACCUUGUAUAUGUUAACAACGUUGCCAGCGUAAAGGUGAGGGUGCGAGGGUGAUUGGCGAACUGACUUGUUCUGUCUUUAGACUCUGGGACGCAUUGAACUUCAGCAAGGUUGGGAGAAUUCCGAGGGCUGGAAGGCUGAGAACUGCUGAUGGUAUGGGCGAGGAAUAUGUCGAUGCAUGGGUCAUCUACAAACAGUUCGACAAGGCUGUAGACGGAACAAACUAAACAAACAUUUCUCCUUGCACAAUGCUCGGCUACCUUGAAAGGAGAACUGACCUAUUGUUCGCUCAAAUCAUGUUGAUGUUGAUGAACAGAAAAUUUGCACUUCUUGCAAGUUCUUGAGAAUGGAAGACAGUAGGCGACUCAGUGGCCGAGGCCGGAAUAAAAUAACGACGAACUA